AUGGGGCUACGCAGUGUAUUCUCCAAAAAGGACCCGGAGGUCAAGGACAAGGACACCGAAGUCGAGUCCAGCGCUACCUCCGUCUUGCCGGGCAAUGAGCAUAAUGAGGAGAGCCUGUCAAAGGACGCCAGCGGCCUAACUGAAAAAUCUGGUGGCAUGGCCACCGAGGUGAAGGAAGAAAAUGCUGUUGCUGAGGAAGACGAUGAGACGGUGAACCACGUCAGCGGAAUCAAGCUGGCCAUCGUCGUCACCGGUCUAUGUUUGGCCGUUCUUCUCGUCGCUUUGGACAAUACGAUUAUUGCUACCGCUAUCCCUAAGAUCACGGAUCAGUUUAACGCCAUCGAAGACAUUGGCUGGUACGGAAGUUCAUAUCUACUCACCACUUGCGCGUUCCAGUUGGUCUUCGGCAGAGUGUACUCUUUCUUCCCCGUGAAAUGGGUUUUCCUGUCGGCCAUCACCAUAUUCGAGGUCGGUUCCGUCGUCUGCGGUGCUGCUCCUAACUCGACUGCUCUCAUCAUCGGACGUGCUGUUGCCGGAAUUGGCUCGGCCGGUAUCUUCUCUGGUGCCUUGAUCAUUAUUGCCUACUCUAUCCCAUUGGCAAAACGGCCGAUGUACACUGGUCUGAUUGGAGGAAUGUACGGAAUUGCCUCUGUUGCUGGCCCUCUUAUGGGUGGUGCUUUCACCGACCAUAUCAGCUGGAGAUGGUGUUUCUAUAUCAACCUGCCCAUCGGAGCCGUCACCAUCUUUGCGAUCCUCGUCUUCCUCAACCAACCAAAGCAGAAGCUCGACACCAACCAGACCUGGAAGGACCGCCUCAUGAAGCUCGAUCCCAUCGGUACCAUGUUCUUCAUGCCCGGCGUUAUCUGUCUCCUCCUCGCUCUCCAGUGGGGAGGCACCAAGUACCCAUGGGGCAAUGGACGUAUCAUCGCUCUCUUCGUCGUCUUCGCCGUCCUCAUCGCUGGAUUCAUUUAUGUGCAGAUUAGAGCUGGCGAAGCUGCCACCGUCCCACCUCGCAUUCUGACGCAACGCAGCAUCGCGUUCGGUUCAUUCUUCUCCUUCGCACUGGGAAGUGCCUUCUUCAUCAUGGUCUACUACAUCCCCAUUUGGUUCCAGGCCAUCAAAGGCGCAUCCGCGACUAAUUCCGGUAUCAUGAACAUCCCCAUGGUUUUGUCCUUGGUCAUUUGCUCCGUCACAUCGGGCAUCUUGAUCACUGUCAUCGGAUACUAUACACCCCUGUACUUCUUCUCAACCAUCCUCGCUUCCAUUGGUGCCGGUCUCCUCACCACCUUUACCACGGAGACAGGACAUGCCAAGUGGAUCGGCUACCAAGUCAUCUUCGGUGCAGGUGUCGGUUCUGGUCUCCAGCUUUCUGUCAUCGCUGCCCAAGCUGUCCUGCCACUCGAAGAUAUCCCAAUUGGAACCGUCGUAAUCAUGUUCUGCCAGACUCUUGGAGGUGCACUCUUCGUCUCUGUGGCGCAGAAUGUCUUCACUAAUAAGCUUGUCAGCGGUGUUGUCGAGGCUGCCCCAGGCCUUGACGCCAGUCUCGUCCUGAGGGUUGGCGCAACGCAGCUCAAGACCAUGAUCCCUCCACAAUUCCUCGACGGCGUGCAAAUUGCGUACAACAACGCCCUGACGAAUACCUGGUACGUCUCCGUCGCUCUUGCAGCCUUGACCAUCAUUGGUGCUGCCGGCAUGGAAUGGAAGAGCGUCAAGGGAAAGAAGAUUGAAGCCGGAGCUGCAUAG